GCGCCUCCGGCCGCUGUAGCCCGGCUUCUGUCACCGCGGACGGCACCUCACUGGAGGGUGGGCGGGAGCGGCGUCUUUGUCCGGCGAGGCGUCCUCAGCCCGGGCCAUCCCUGUGAUCAGAGCCCGGCAGCUUGGGCGGUGCCCAGCGGUGAAGUGCGCGGGCGGAGGGCUGGCUGCGACCACGGCCCCAGGUACCCCGGUGCCCUAAGCUCGCCACCUGCGCCACCUCAGCCCGCGCUCUGUCAAGUUGCAGAAGACUCGGGUGGGUCAGGAGUCUGGACGCGUGGGCGCGUUGCAAACUCCAGCUGCGAAGGAGCUGCGUGCGGAGGUAGCCCGGCCCGGGAUGCUCCCGGAGGCUGCUCUGGUGUCUCUGCACAUCCUUCUUGGCUCCUCCAGACCCAGGUCUCAUGAACCAACUGGUUUGCACUGAACAGCAAUGGCACAUAAAGAGUUGUCCUACUGCGUGUCAAGACAGUGAUUAGUUCUGAAACUCAUCUGAAGAGGUUCAAAAGAAGCGUCUAGAUGUGACAUCGUCAGAGGAGGACAGAGAAGGUGACAGCGGCCUGUUGCCCUGCAGCUUGAAGGGAGACUGUAUGGCCAGCAGCCGUCACUGAAGACGUGACCAUGAGUGUCCCACUUGCUCCAAAGAAAUCCUGUUUUAGUCAGCUGCGAGAUCACCGAGAGGGAGCAAAAAAUAAUAAUGAGAGUGUUCUGAGGACAGGGGAUACAAAUGCCAAUCAAAUCAUGUUGGAGGUCAGCUCCUCUUGCGAUGAGGCCAAGUCACGUGAUCUGGAUGAUGAGAUCGGAAAUUCGAAUUUAGGCAGGCUACAAUACCACAGCCACUUCCAAAAGGAGCCCCUUCACCUUCAGGGCUUCGGGAAAGGGUCUCAGGCCGGCUCUACCAGCCAGAGGGAGUCUCAGGCUUCUCUGACAGUCCACAGGCAGCUGAGUGAAGAACACGCAGUCAAAAGAGGUGCCCUGCAGGCCCCCCAGAGUGUUCAGGGACCAAGUCUUUCCAGCUGGAGGAACGCAGUGGGUCAAGCCAGUCCAGAGGUUUCCGCUAAAAAGGAUGCUGAGAUUCCCAGGCACAUUCCCAAGGACAAAUUGGCGAAGACCCUUGACAACGAAGAGCUGAAGAGAGCAAGCAGCUGGGCAGCUGCAGCUGGCAGCGUCCCUCCCACGGACCUGCAGCCAGUGCAGCUGGACACCUUGGGGCCGCAGGACCAUGUGCCUGCGCGUGGGGAGGGGCCACAAAGCACACCAGCCAGUCACUCUCCAGGGAAAGGUUUUUCUCCAGGUGAAGGUACCUCAGAGGGGAACAGUGUGUAUCUUCCUAAACCAUCUACCUCAGAAGCCAAGGGGUCCAGCCCAUCAGACACCAAGAUGGAAGGGCCACAUGGCCUGGAUGUUUACAACGAGCGCAUCACUCAUGCAGAAUUGACUCCCAGUUCAGCUUCAGCGUCGAAGGAAAAUCCCGGCCUCCGACAUCCGGAAGUGUGUUUAGGUCAAGGGACAGGGAAGCCCAAAGUGGAGCUCAAAUCUGUCCAACCCCGGAAUGAGGAGGGCCUAACAUCAGCGCAGGCACAAGGUCCUGGCUGUCACGAGGAAAGAAGUAUGUCGCCUGUAGAGAGGAAGGAGCUACUUGAGAAGGCAUACCGAGAAGCCACAAGUCAAGGGAACAGCAGCCACCACCAGCUUGGAGUACGAAGAGGCAGCAGCCUAGAAGAAAUGACUGGAGUCAGUGCUGGUGUGGAGGGGUCUCAGCAAGCCACCCCUACACUGAGCGCCGCUCCCGCUGGAGAGGCAGGUACUAGACUCACCGGUAAAAUGUCAGCCAGUGCAGGUAGAAUGGCAAGGGAAACAGCAUCGGGCCAAACUGUGCCUGAUGUUGGACAAGCAGCUCCUGUUCGCCGUGACCCAACCGAGAGCGUGCCUUCCGAGGUCAGUGGGGAGGAGCGGAGGCUGGGUAGUGGGAACUCGGGCAGUGCCAAAUUGUUGGCCUCAGGUCCUUCUGUGGGAGGGAACAGAACCGACACCUCUGGGCUCUUGAGCCCUCGAGGUAGCAAUUUGGAAGCCAGAAAAGGCAAAGAGACGGUAGCUGAAAAUAGGAACCUUCUAGAAAAUGCAGCCCAAACUGACAACACUCCAGCUGGAGUAGAUUCCGUGUUCAGUACCCCAGCACCCCUCCUCCACUCAGAGACAACUGUGAACUCCAGUCAUCAUCCGAUUGCCCCAUGUAGCAGUUCUCAGGAGCUCGGAGUGUUCAGUGUGGACACAGGGCCACCCUCAGUGGCCUCGCCUCUCACGGAUGGUGGGCAGGUAUUGAACACAUCCCCAAAAGUGCCUGACAGGACCACCUGCUCCAGUGGGAUCCCCAAGCCUCCUACUCAUCCCAAGGACACGCCCUCCUCCCAGGAAGCACCAGAGAAACUGGAGACGGAGAAAAUGGAAGAAAGGACAGAGGCAAAGCCCAUCCUCAUGCCCAAACCCAAACAUGUGAGGCCCAAGAUCAUCACUUACAUCCGCAGGAACCCCCAAGCUCUGAGUCAGGGAGAUGCUUCACUGGUCCCUGUGGGGCUUCCAUAUGCCCCUCCUACAUGUGGCAUGCCUCUUCCCCAAGAAGAGAAGGCAGCGAGCCGUGACCUUCAGCAGUCUGCAAACAUGUACGAGAAACUGAAGCCCGACUUGCAGAAGCCACGGGUCUUCCCUUCUGGACUGAUGGUGUCUGGGAUCAAGCCCCCAGCACACCAUUUCAGUCAGAUGAGCGAGAAGUUCCUGCAGGAGGUCACAGACCACCCUGGGAAGGAAGAAUUUUGCUCUCCUCCCUACACCCACUAUGAAGUCCCUCCCACUUUCUAUCGUUCGGCCAUGCUCCUUAAGCCUCAGCUGGGAUUGGGUGCAAUGUCCCGUCUCCCAUCGACCAAGAGCAGGAUUCUGAUCGCAAGCCAGAGGUCCUCAGCGAGUGCCAUCCAUCCGCCCGGAUCACUAACAACAGCUGCCAGUUUCUACGGUUCUGAUCCUUCAGACCUCAAGAAAGCCUCCAAUUCCAAUGCUGCAAAGGCCAGUCUACCAAAAUCCGGGCUCCGUCCUCCUGGCUAUUCACGACUCCCUGCAGCCAAGCUGGCGGCCUUCGGCUUCGUAAGGAGCUCCAGCAUCUCUGCGGUGCCCAGCAGCCAAUCCCUGGACAGCGUGCAGCCGGAGCAGAGCAGGCCGGUCACCCGCUCAACCUUUGGCAAUGAAGAGCAGGCUCCUCUGAAGCAGGCUCUGCCUUCUAAGGACACACCCAAGGGAGCUGGCCGGGCGGCUCCUGCGUCUUCCUCCAAUGCAACAACACCACGCAGGAGUUUACUUCCAGCACCAAAAUCCACUUCCACGCCAGCUGGAGCAAAGAAAGAAUUGCAGAAAGAUCCAGAAGCCAAAAAGCCCGCUGUUUCGUCUCCCAAGAGGACAGCUUCUGCUGCCACCAAACCUCACUCGCCAGGGUACCCAAAGCAGAGGACCUCAGCUCCUCGAAAUGAGUUCCCACCCAAGCCUGACCUGCAGGCCCGGGAGGCGGAGCGGCAGCUGGCCCAGCGACUGCGGGACAGGUGUGAGUGGCAGGCCAGGCAGCUGGGUCUGGCUCGAAGGGAGCUGAAGAAAGCCAUCCAAGGCUUCGAUGCCCUGGCUGUGUCUACUAAGCAUUUCUUUGGAAAGAGCGAAAGAGCCCUUGCAAAAGAAAAGGAGCUGUCAAUCGAACUUGCCAACAUCAGGGAUGAAGUUGCCUUCAACACAGCCAAGUGUGAGAAGCUACAGAAGGAGAAGGAGACGCUGGAGCGGCGGUUCGAGGAGGAGCUGAGGAGGUUGGGCUGGCAGCAGCAGGCAGAGGUGCAGGAGCUGCAGGAGCGGCUGCAGCAGCAAUUCCAGGCCGAGAGCGCGCGUCUGCAGGCGGAGCAUCAGGACCAGCUGCUGCGCAUGCGCUGCCAGCACCAGGAGCAGGUGGAAGACAUCACUGCCAGCCACGAGGCUGCCCUGCUGGAGAUGGAAAAUAACCACACGGUCGCCAUCACCAUCCUUCAGGAUGACCAUGAUCACAAAGUCCAAGAACUGAUGUCUACCCAUGAAUUUGAGAAGAAGGAGUUGGAAGAAAACUUUGAAAAGCUGCGGCUGACAUUACAGGACCAGGUGGACACGCUAACUUUUCAGAGCCAAUCUCUGCGUGACAGAGCUCGGCGCUUUGAGGAAGCUCUAAGGAAAACCACGGAGGAGCAGCUAGAGAUCGCGCUGGCUCCAUACCAGCACCUGGAAGAAGACAUGCAGAGCCUGAAGCAGGUGCUGGAGAUGAAGAACCAGCAGAUCCACCUGCAGGAGAAGAAGAUCAUCGAGCUGGAAAAGCUGGUGGAGAAGAAUAUCAUCCUGGAAGAAAGGAUCCAGGUGCUCCAGCAGCAGAAUGAAGACCUCAAAGCAAGGAUCGACCAGAACACAGUUGUCACCAGACAACUGUCGGAGGAAAAUGCUAACCUCCAGGAAUACGUAGAGAAAGAGACCCAGGAAAAGAAGAGACUGAGCCGAACCAACGAAGAACUACUUUGGAAGCUCCAAACGGGGGACCCAACCAGCCCAAUUAAACUCUCCCCUACAUCUCCAGUGUACAGAGGCUCCUCCUCUGGACCCUCCUCUCCGGCCAGAGUCAGUACCACACCUAGAUGACAUCACCCUGCCACCCACAGGAGCUCAGGCUUCUGCCCAUCUGAGGGCGUGCUGGCCAGGUGCCGGUGGCCACCUUGUGCGCAUGCUCGGUAGCUGCACAGUGCGCAUGCUCGGUAGCUGCACAAUGCAUCUUAGGCAGCGUCCUCUCUGACCCUUGUGCAAGACCGACCUGGUAUUGGCGCUUAGGAAGACGUAAGCAGCAGAGUCUGGUGUCCACAAAAAGAAAAAAAAAAAAUGUUUUAGUAUAGUGAGAAGCAAAAGAGAAACAACUCCAAUUGUCCUUGAGCGACGAACUUCCAUGGCAGAACUUUAGGUCAGUCACAGACAGCUCCAUUUUGAAUACACAAAACCCUCCUUGUACCGACUGCUGCAUGUGUAUAUCCAGAUGUGUGGGUAUACACCUGUGGCGAUUCCGAAUUGCAUUUUUUUAUAACGCGAUGCGCUGACAUAUUUUAGUGACGGUCAGCAGUUUUCUAACUUGUGCCUAAGAAUUAUUGGGAAAUGAAAAUGCAUUUCUAUCUAGUUUCCUGGAAAUAUUUCUACCCAAAAUAGAGAAGAAAAAAAAAAGAAAGAAAAGAAAAGAAAAGG